AGCUGUGUCUUAACCAAUGGGAAUGCGACAUUAUAUGAAUGCGGGGAACUCCGUCACACGUAUUGCCACUGAUGAUAGUCUACAAUCAGGGACGUGAUAGAGAAGGACUGGAAUCAAGCCGCUCUCCUUUGACCACAUGCUCCAAGCCGCCGAAAAUGUAUGCGCUAAUAUGCAACUGUUGGCCAAGUGUUUGAAUUCCUGACGAUCAGCACUGGCAAUAAUGAGUCUUCAGGCCUUCAGUCGCAGUACCACCACCACCACCACUCCCCCUCCCGUCUCCAGUUUAGACUCGCCAAGAAAGAGUUCUCCCAUCAUGCUCCUCUCUGGCAGCAGAAAGGGGCAUUACAGUACGUCCGGUAAUGACUGCUUGGCUCUGAUGUGGCCUAGCGCGGAUGAUGUCAACAACCAUUCUCUCUCUCCUGUUUCGCCUUCGAUAAAGACUCACUUGGGAGGAACCCUAAUGGAUAGCACUCAUGAACACAAUGAUAUGAAGAUAAGCAGCCCACAUGGAGAGGGUUUGGUGUCUCUGGACAAGACAACAGAAGUCUUGGUCUGUCCAUCAGGAAAAACUGUAGUGAGACUAAAGACAUCCAUGGAAGCUAUUCUGCCAUCUCCGAGUCAUAAAGGGUCACCAAGUAUGAUCAAGCAACUGUCUCUUCCAUACAGUCUUAGCUCAAAACCAGGCUCAAAACCCUCUUCACAUAGCUUUUUAAGCUCUGAUUCUUCUCCAUUUCCACACUCAAGAGGGAUCAGUAAUUCUUCAUUAAAUUUUCCAGGUCGCAGUCUCCUCUUUGAUAGCAGUGACAAGCCAUCUGGAGAUAGCAUUCCAUCAUCUGCAAGAUCAUCAAGUCCAACCAGAGACAUCAGCAGUGGAGGUGAUACACCAUUCUCCUCCAUUAAGAAGAAAGGUCCUCGCAGGAGAAAGAUCUCUGGAAAGGACAAGGGAGCCAAGGUGAGGUUUGCAGGAGGAGCUACAGAGAUCUUAGAGCAGGAUCAUCCAGAGGACGAUCUCAUCAUGACUCACAGCCGUUGUCCUUGCUUCAAGUUUUUUAUCAUCAUGUGCCUUGUAGUGCUUUUUUUCUCUGUGCUGUUCUACCUUAGCCUGUGGCUCGUUGCCCAGCAUAGAGGGAGCCCUGUCAUUAUUGCUGGUGGAGAGAGUCUUCAAACGAUCCUUCAGUCGCACGUCUAUGGACAGCCCAUUAUUGUAUCACUCCUACCACAGUUGCUUUCAGGAAUCCUUGCAGAAGAUGUAAGCGAUAGAACAAUGGUUCUGAUGUUUCAUGGACAGUCAGGUGUGGGUAAAACUUUUGUGGCUGAGCUUAUCGGAAAGAAGAUGUUCCCCGAGCAAGCACAAUCCCAGUGUGUUCACAAGUUCCUUCCAUCUUUCCUAGAGGUCCGGGACCGCCUUGUGACCACCUAUGACUACUCCAUUGCCUUUGAGGAUUUCAUUGACCAAGGGAAAUCCAACUACAGGACAUGUCCAGUAGGCUUGUACAUCAUUGAAGACCUAGACUAUGAAAGUUCUUCCAGCCUCUUGGAGGCAAUUGCAUUCACUCUACCUAGCAUUCGAAAGAGACAAGCAGCCCAGGAGCAAAAGAUGAUCUUCUUUUUAAUGACCAAUUUACAAGGUGAAGCUUUAGGACAUUACCUUCUAUCACACAUGAAAGAGGGCAAAAGAAGAGAAGAUUUGAAUUUGAGAGAACUGGAACCAAUCAUGAAAAAGGCACCAACAGCUCAGACAAAUACUGCAGAUAGUGAUGAUGAUGAGCAAGAAUCUGAGGAACAUGGGGUUCAGCGCCUUGAAGUCCACGACAAAAUCAUGGCAGUCGUGGAUCAUCACAUUCCAUUUCUUCCUUUAGAAAGAGAACAUGUCAUCUUGUGUAUUCAGCAAACAUUGAGCUGGAAGAAUGCGACUCUGAAUGAGAAUGAUAUUCAGUGGAUAGCAGAUAAACUUGUGUUUUACCCAGAAAACAAUCUGAUAUUCUCUUUGUCAGGAUGCAAAAAGGUUGAAGAGAAAGCCAAUCUGUUCUCAAAAUAUUCCCAAACAUAGUAUUUGAUGAAUUAAGUUUUAAACUAGUAUGCCCCUUAGCAGCAGUUGCUAGUGAAUAAUGAUUCUGAACAGAGCUUCAAGCAAUCAAACGAUUUCUUUAAUGCAGUGACAGUCAAUUCCAGAGGUAAUGUAAACUGUGAUGUUGGUGUAACAGUAUGGGUCAGGGGUAUCAGGGGUAAAAAAAUAUUGACUAUAAUUUAUUUGAGGUUUAUAUGUUAUAUAAAUAUGUCCCAAAAAAAAGUAGUGCACAUAACCCUUUAAUCCCAGUGUUCAUGGUUAUUCAUAAUUAGAAACCUUCUAUGACCUCCUAGUUGGGGGGGGGGGGGGGGGGGGGGGGGAGGAGGUUGACACUGGUCUCGUUCUGUAAAUGAAAUACAAGGGCCUUGUCUUGUGCUUUGGGUAAUUUACCUUGCAUGGUCAUCAGCUCAUAUCCAUGCAGGUUAUUGCAUUAUCAUAGGACUUGGUUACUUUAUAGGAUCUUUUAGCAUUUAUAUUGCAUCUAGAAGUGUGCACUGUACCAAUGGUCCAUAAUACAUGUAUAGCAUUUCCCUCAUCUCUUGUCUGGGAACUUGUCUUGUGCCAUUCUUCUGAUACCAUAAAUUGAUAGACGGAUGUUGAUUAUUUUACCUAACUUGUCUAAAAAUCCAAUCCAAAACCCUUUCUUUUCUUAGUUUUAAUUAAGGAAUAAUACUUUGAAAAUGUUAGACAGCAAAAUGUGAACUUUAACAAACCUUGUCAACAUAUUUGGUUUUCUUCCUCUACCACUCAACUAACUACAUGUACCAUUUUGAGCAUUUGCUUGCCUUGACAAAUCAUCUUUCCCAGGCCAUUUUUCUUCGUUAUAAAAUACAAUUACAUAUACUUUUGUAUAUCUGUCCAUGUCUUGUGUGAUUAUAAAUAUUUAUUGAUAUGUGUAGUGUAUGUAUUAUGUUGAAUAAAGCAAAGAUAUAUGAAGUAAUUGAAAACA